AAGAUGGGCGAACAAACCAAAUUAGGAAAACUGCAGAGUACCUUAGCCUUUCUAGACGCUACAAGAGCCUUCUCUCCUCCCUGUCCAAAUACUAAGCCUGCCGAGAGUGAGGCCUGGAAGGAGGCCCCGGGGAAGCGGGAGAAGCGGUCUGGGCCAAGGAGAGUUCUAUCUGCGAAGACUCCAGGCUCGGAGCGCUACUCACCUGUCUCCAUGGCGACGGCAGCGGCCAUAACAGGCAAAGACACGGAAUCGCCACCUGCCAACCGAGGAAAAGCCCGGAGGGGCAGGAGAAGUUCCGGAAACCACGGCUCCCUCUUCCGGUCCCGGGGCACCGAGGAAUAUGGAGACGGUGGCUCCGCUCAUCCCCGGCCCGCCCCGGCCAGGCCCGCUUACCCCGCGCUGGCUGCGGAAUGGCGAGGGGGCGGUGCCGGGCUGUGGGAGCGCCUGAGGGGCAGGAGCCCAGGGAGGCAGACUUUUACCCUCAAAAGGAAUGAGUCCCAGAGCCUGGCACAAGGAAGACAAGUGUGCAAAGUUGGUGGAAUUAAUUCAGUGGCCUAAAUGUACCUUCCUCAAAUACCACGGCUAACUGGGUCUCCUCGCCCACUUCACCCUCUCUUGCAAUCCAACUUGUGAGGCGUGUGUGUGUGUGUGUGUGUGUGUGUGUGUGUAUGUGUGUGUCCGCGCUUGCCUUUAGAUGGAGGUUGGCUUCCCAGCCAUCCAGGCUUGCAUACACGUGCAUAACUCCUACCCCUACCUCGCCUGCCUGCUGUACCAGGGGUUGAUUCCUUCUUCCUGCGUGUUUUCUGUCCAAAUCCUUUUCUGAUUUGGACAGAAAACACGCAGGUGGCACACAGUAAGCGCUUAAUAAAUUUUCCGGCUACCUGA